UUGUAGUUUUGCAUAAACAACUCGAAUUCUUCGACACCCGAGACCAAUCCCAAAGGUAUGGCGUCCGUUUCUCUUGCCCUGCCCGCUCCAACGUCGAAAGCUCCCAAACGUCCAAACCCUAAAAUUCAUAAAGUUCCCUUGUUUCUCUUCUCCUCAGCAUUAAUCGAUUGCGAUUCGCAACAUCUUAAGUCUAUUCCAACAAGUCGAAACGAAUUUUCUCUUGAUCACUUCCGUUCACAUUCGAAGGCCUUAGCUUCGUUAAGUCGAUCAGGGUUCAUUAGAAGGGAUGCGGUCGUUGCCAUGCUUCUUUCUGCUGCCUCUUUUCCCUUCCUUGCCUUGGGAUCUCUGGCAGAGCCCGAUUUGCAAGAGAGCUUUCGUGCUUAUGAGGAUGAGACCAAUAAAUUUCAAAUUUUUGUUCCUGAAGUUGUGCAGAGAACUUUGCCAAUGCAGAUUGGCUAUUGACAUCACUUGUGAAGGAGUAUAGUUACAAGUUUCUACAUUGAGAAUUUAAGUUCAAUGAUGGGUAGACCUAGGAAGACUUGGGCUUAUUGUAUAAAAAAUGAUCUUAAUUUUCUAGAAGUAACUGAAAAUGUGACACUGAAGUGGACGCAAUGGAGAAAAAGUAUUCAUGUAGCUGACCCCACGUAGUGGGAUUAAGGCUUUGUUGUUGUUGUUAUUG